AUGCAGCCCGCACUGACAGUCUUCUUCAUGCUGCUGUUUGUCCURCUGUGUUUCCUGGGGAGCCUGGCCAACGGCUUCAUCGUGCUGAUGAUGAGCAGGGAGUGGCUGAGACGGGGUAGGCUGUCGCCCUCCAACACGAUCUUCCUUUGCUUGGGUGUUUCCCGUUUCUCCCAGCAGUGCUUUGGACCCGUGUACAUCUUCAACUAUUUCCUCCACCCGGUUGAGUUCACCAAAAGUCUGACCCGACAGAUCGUUUGUCUGCAUUUGGACUUUAUGAACUCAGCCAUCUUUUGGUUCAGCACCUGGCUCAGUGUCCUGUUCUGUAUAAAGAUCGCUAACUUCUCCCACCCCACCUUCCUCUGGUUGAAGUGGAGGCUCCCGGGUUUGGUGCCCUGGCUCCUUCUGGGCUCUGUCCUGAUCUCCUUAGUCGUAACCCUCCUGUUCUUUUGGGGGAAUCACAAUCUGUACCAAGAAUUCUUAAUUAGACAAGUUUCUGGGAACAUGAGCCACAGGGAGUGGAACAGGAGGCUGGAAACUGACUACUUCAUGCCACUGAAACUCGUGACAAUGUCCCUUCCUUGCUCUCUCUUCCUGGUCUCCAUUGUGCUGUUGAUGAGUUCUCUGAGGAGACACAUCCGGAGAAUGCAGCACAGCGCCCACAACGUGAGGGACCCCAGCGCCCAGGCUCACACCAGAGCUCUGAAGCUGCUCAUCUCCUUCCUCGUUCUCUAUGCCACGUCAUUCGUGUCUCUGGUCAUUGAUGCCACGGUCUUCAUUCCCUCCGACAGCCUGUGGUACUGGCCGUGGCAGAUCAUACUCUACCUGUGCAUGUCCGUCCACCCCUUCAUCCUGAUCCUCAGCAACCUCAAGCUUCGAGGUGUAUUCGGGAAGCUGCUUCUCCUGGCCAGGGGCUUCCGGGUGACCUAG